ACUUGGCCCACGAUAAAGGAUAAGAAGUACAAUUCGAAAGAAACUCCUGAGUUGUUAAAAUCGGUUGUUUGUCGGUUUCUGAGCUUCGUUAUGAACCUCCUUCUUUUGGUGUAUUGAAUUUAUGAAAUUGAUUUUCGAAUGCUACCUCUUGGAUUGUUUUUGCAAGGCUGAGGUGCCACAAGCAGUGAACAAUGCUGGGAAUUUCGUAUGGAGAGCUGUUUCUGUUGAUUGGAGCUACUGCUGCUUUGAUCGGCCCAAAGGAUUUGCCAAGGAUUGCUAGAACGGCAGGGAGGCUAGCUGGCCGAGCUGUUGGAUACGUGCAGUUGGCUCGUGGCCAGUUCGACUCUGUUAUGGAGCAAACUCAAGCUCGCCAGGUUCAUAAGGAAUUGCAGGAUACAAUGGCCCAGCUAGAUGCCAUACGGCAUGAAAUUCGAAGCAUAUCAAUCAUAAAUCCUGGUCCUUUGACCCGGAGGCUUGUGGAUAAUAUUGACCUCAAAUCUACCUCAGAUGGCAAUAGUAAACCAGAAAGCACUAGUUGGGAGAAUAACUCAGCAUCCACUGUUUCCAAGGAUUCUGCUUCACUGCCUUCAGAUCCAUGCAAUAUGCAUAGUCAAACUACUAUUGGUCUUGCCAAUAGGAAACCAGAAAACAUUAGCGGAAAGAAUGACUUAGUACUCUCUGUUAUCAAGGAUUCUGCACUACCAUCCUCAGAUUCAUGCAAUAUGCAUUGUCAAGCAACUACCUAUGCCAGAUUGGCUGAGUCUCCUGCGAUAAAGAAUAACCUGUCAACUAGUAAUACUGAAGUGAGGAUUGACAACGAACUGCCCCUUGCUGUCAUUCCAAUAUCUGCCGAAGAUGCUGGACUGUCACCGAAUCGUGGGGCUGAUGUGACAGGAUCUGACAUAGUUUUGGAAGCAAUUCUAGAGGCUGAGGUAGCUCAUAAUGCAAAGGAAUUCUUUUCACAGCCCCGAAACCAAAUAUGAAAGGGGAAAGCGAGAUAUGGAAGAAGACUGCAUCACAAAGAGCCCUUGCAGUACAUGCAAGGGAUUUGCCUUUCCGGGCUAUAGUAACUAGUAGCAGAUGAUAAACCGUUAGCCAACAUGGAUAGUUGCUACUGUGAUUGUCAUUGGGGUAAAGCCUGGCCCAUUGUAUUUUUUUAAUUUAUUGGUCACAAGCCUAGCCCCAUUAACUCAGGCUGCUGUAUAGACGAAAGAAGCUUCUUUGUUAUUCGGGCUCAGCCUCAGUGUCUUCUUUCCAUUCGGAGUCUUGAGUCU